CUUACAAGCUGCGCCUUAACUUUCCCCCGCUAUCCCAUAGUAUCAACUGUCUUUUAUCGUUUGUCGCCAAUUUAAUAGCCUCAACAACCACCAAUUCAAAUCCUCCAUCCAUUCCAAACCCAUCCUUAGGCACUUGGCCUCGCAUCGCGAUACCGAGUACAUGCCUUCAUCUCUUCCGCGCCGACCGGUUACUCCCCGCUCCUGAUACGAUCGAAUACACAAUCGCCCAUCAUGGCUGAGGUGGACGUUAUGCCCACCUUUGGCUCAGAACUCAAGGAUGGCUUCAAACCCGCAAACGUGUGGCUUGGCCAUGGUAUUGCCUGGCUAGACGAAAUACAACAGUUCUACCGAGAGCGUGCCGCCAUAGAGAAGGAAUAUAGCGCAAAGCUUAUGGCACUUUCCAAGAAGUACUUUGAGAAGAAGAACAAGAGGACGGCUCAGCUCAGUGUAGGAGAAACUCCUGCCAUGACACCUGGUUCGCUUGAGAGCGCUUCCUUGACCACAUGGGCCACUCAGCUUACCACCCUCGAGUCCCGCGCCGGCGAACACGACAAAUACGCCAACAACCUCGUUUCCCAAGUCGCCGAGCCCCUCAAGUUCUUCGGCGGCCGUUUUGAAGAACUGCGCAAGCGCCAUUCCGAUUAUGCUACCAAACUCGAGCAGGAGCGCGAUUCUCAAUACGCCGCACUUGCCAAGACCAAGGGCAAAUACGACAACGUAUGCCAAGAGGUCGAGGCCAAGCGCAAGAAGACCGAAUCGCAUUUUGACAAGGCCAAGACACAGAAUGCCUACCAACAACAGAUUCUCGAAAUGAACAACGCUAAAAAUACUUACAUCAUUGCGAUUAACGUUACAAACAAGCAAAAGGAGAAAUACUAUCACGAGUAUGUACCCGAGGUCAUGGAUAGUCUACAAGAUCUCAGCGAGUUCAAGACGACAAAGUUGAACAGCUUCUGGACAAUUGCGACCAACAUCGAGUCCGAAAUGCUGCAGCAGAGCAACGGCAUGGUUCAGCAUCAAGGUAACGAGAUUCUCAGAAACUUGCCUCACCUCGAUUCCAUGAUGUACAUCCAACACAACAUGGGCGCUUUCAACGAGCCGGCCGAUAAGCAUUUCGAGGCCAGCCCUGUCUGGCACGACGACGGUACAAUGGUGGUGGACGAAACAGCAAAGGUCUUCCUGCGCAACGUCUUGGGUAAAUCCAAGUCGCAACUGGGAGAACUACGGAGAGAGGUCGACAAGAAACGAAGAGAAGUCGAAGGUGUCAAGCAGCUAAAGCAACGAGUUCGAGAAGGAAAGGAGAAGAAGGACGAGGUUGAGGUUGUCCGCGCGCUCUUCCAAAUGCAAGAAAACCUGCAUGCCAUCGACCGUCAACGGUUGACAGCUGAAGUCGAAACAUCGACCAUUACAUCUGUGGUAGGCGAUGUGACAUUAGGCGCGAAGAACCACAACUUCAAGGGUCAGACAUUCAAGAUACCCACCAACUGUGACCUUUGCGGAGAGAGGAUUUGGGGUCUGAGCGCAAAGGGCUUCGACUGCCGAGACUGUGGUUACACAUGCCAUAGCAAGUGUGAGAUGAAGGUUCCCCCUGACUGCCCCGGCGAACAGACAAAGGAUGAGCGAAAGAAGCUCAAGGCCGAACGCCAGGAUGCUGCCAACAACAAGCUCCUGAAGCCCAGCGCAACCAUGACAUCAGUGCACUCCAACAAUUCAGAUGCACCUGAGCUUACCCGGUCAAAUACCAUGACCUCACUCAGCUCACACUCUGCACGUCCGUCGAUAUCAGGAUCCAUCUCUGCGCAAUUAACCCCUACUGAAGAGACACCGCCAGAAGUAGCACGACCAAGUGUGUCAUCCACAGCGACUUCUGGCACUGCGCCCAAGCGAAGAAUUAUGGCACCUCCACCAACCGCUUAUAUUAAGGAUUCAGGCGCCAACGAAACAAACGGUGGUGCCAAGGAAGAGAAGAGGGGCAAGAUGAUAUAUCCCUUUGAAGCUACUGGCGAGGGUGAAUUGACAGUGCAAGAUGGCCGGGAUGUAGUACUACUCGAACCCGAUGACGGCUCUGGCUGGGUCAAGGUUCGAGCAGGCUAUAAGGAAGGCCUCGUCCCAACAUCCUAUGUCGAAUUCACCACCGUCACCAUACCUUCCGCCCCGGCUCCCUCAGCCAGACCAUCAUCCACCUAUUCCACAUCCACAACAUCCUCUCUCACACAGUCCAACAAAAAAAAGGGUCCUGCCGUGGCCCCUAAGCGCGGCGCAAAGAAGCUCCGCUACGUAGAAGCCCUGUACGAGUACGCAGCCCAAGCCGAAACGGAGCACUCCAUGGCCGAAGGCGAGCGCUUCGUCCUCGUGCAGGAAGACCCCGGCGAUGGCUGGGUCGAGGUCGAAAAGGCGGGCGUCACGGGGAGUGUGCCUGCGAGUUACGUGCAGGCUGUCUAGAGAACGGGCAGGAAUUGUCCUUGUAGAGUUUGUCAGUGGAGAAGAGGCGUCUUUCUCGCAGAAGAAGGAAAAAGGAAUUAAACACGUGGAGUUUAUCAGCGGAGUAGUCGUCAACUUACUGCCUACUGACACUAUGGUAGGCCGCGUGGAGUUGAACCAAAGCAACGACCAUAACUUGCAUCACCAACCAAUUGGGGAAAGUUAACUAGAUUGCGGCAUGUGAAGAAUCUUGCUUGAAGAAGAUGCUUCUACCUUUUUUGGAAGAAUUCGGUAACGGCGGAACUUCUUAAUAGAAACUCUUAUUCAGACCAAUACUUGAAGAGAAGGAUACCUGGACAGCGGCUUGAUGGAGUAUAGUUACAUAUAGUAGUGCCUAAUAUAGUCGCAUCAACUCGUUGCUGAGCCACAUUGGUAUGAGAGCUUACGAAG